UGGAGGACACGCUCUCUAAUUGAGGAUCAGAGCUCCUGGGCUCUGCCUCUCCGUCCACACAGCAGCUGCUCCCUGCCAGGCUCCACAGCAUCCCCUGCCCGGCCGUGUUGGGGCACAGGGAGCUCUGGGACAGGGAUGGAUGUGAAGAGCACCCCGAGUUACCUGUACUGGCUCUUCUGCCAGUUCGAGCUGAUCACCUGCAGUUACCUGAUGGAGCCCUGGGAGAAGGUGCUCUUCUACUCCUUCAACCUGGCCAUGCUGGGGCUGCUGCUCUACACCACCUACGUCUGCCUGGCUUUCCACGCCAGCUCGGCCUUCCAGCUCCUCUGCAGCUUCCUGGGAAACCCACGGGAAAAUGCUCUUUCUGUGGUGAAGUAAAACCUCAGCAUCAAAGAGUUUCCUUAUCCCAUUUUUGUCCAGGAGCAGCAAACUCUGCUUUAUUCUCUGUGUUUUGCUCUGAUAGCAAAUUGUUUUUGCUCCAAUCAAUCCAUGUUUUUACUAUUUGAUUCUUCAAGAGCUUUCAAUUUUAAUGACCCACUGGAAUUACAGAGCUGGGAUUGGGACAGGAACAACUCUCCUGAAGAAUUUGUUAUUCCAAGGGGAAAGGAACAACCCCCCCUGCAGAUUUUGUUAUCCUAGGGGGAAGGAACAACCCCCCUGAAGAUUUUGUUAUUCUAGGGAAAGCUGCUUGGA